UAAACUCAAGCACUUACAUCCUUUCUACGUCUCUGAACUACUGGUCUAAAGUCCAAACUUUUCCAUAAGCAGAGCCUAAGCUACGCUAAAACCGAAGCAAAAACGCCUGAGAUGUCUGCUGUCCUUUGUGUGGUUUGUCCCAAAGAGAAUGUUCACUCUUUGCUCAGUCUCAUGCCCAGAAAUUAUUGCAGGUGUAGUAGUAGUAACAAGUUGAGCUCUAAACUUAGUUUUUCAUCUGGGGUUUCUGCAUAUUCAAGUGCAAUUGCAAACCCAUCAAGAUCCGUGGAGGAAAGGGUGCAUGAAGUGGUGCUGAAGCAAGCAGAUCUGAUGAGAGAGCAUAGGAGGAAGACUGCAAUGGAUCUGGAAAAACCAAUUGAGAAUGAUGGUAACACCAAUUGGAAUCGUUUGAAUGAAGCUUUUGAAAGGUGUAGAGAAGUCACUGCCGAGCAUGCCAAGACAUUUUACCUGGGUACAUUACUAAUGACACCAGAACGACAAAGAGCUAUUUGGGCAAUCGAUGUGUGGUGCAGGAGAACCGACGAGCUUGUAGAUGGGCCUAAUGCUAUACACAUCACAUCCAGGGCUCUGGAAAUAUGGGAGACAAGAUUAACUGAUCUUUUUGAAGGUCAACCGUAUGAUGUGUACGAUGCUGCCCUAUCUUAUACUGUCUCAAAGUACCCUGUUGAUAUACAGCUCUUCAAAGACAUGAUAGAAGGAAUGAAGUUAGACUUGAGAAAAUCAAGAUACGAGAACUUCGAUGAGCUCUACCUUUACUGCUACUGUGUUGCCGGGACUGUGGGGCUUAUGAGUGUUCCAGUGAUGGGGAUAGCACCAGAAUCAAAGGCUUCAAUAGAGAGUGUAUACAAUGCUGCAUUAGCCCUUGGAAUUGCUAAUCAACUCACUAACAUACUCAGAGAUGUUGGAGAAGAUGCUAUCAGAGGAAGAAUUUAUCUCCCACAAGAUGAACUAGCACAAGCUGGCUUGUCAGACGAUGAAAUAUUGCGUGGGAAAGUGACCGAUAAAUGGCGUAGUUUCAUGAAAGGCCAGAUAAAACGAGCUAGGAUGUUCUAUGAUGAAGCAGAGAAGGGCGUUUCAGAGCUCAACUUAACUAGUAGAUGGGCAGUAUGGGCAUCGUUGUUGUUGUACCGACAGAUCUUAGAUGCCAUUGAAGCUAAUGAUUACAACAACUUCACAAAGCGGGCUUAUGUAGCAAAAGCACAGAAACUAGCAUCACUUCCGGUUGCUUAUGCCAGAGCACUUAUGAGACCCUCAAAGUUAGCCAAGUUUGAAUUAAGAGAGUAAAUGAACUAAAUCAUUUAUAAAUAGCUCAAGUUCAAGUCAACUUGUAAAUAUUUGUUAUUGAUCGUUUAUUUAGCAACUAAGUCAAUCUCAAGCUCAAGUUUAUUAGACGAGUCAAGUUCAAAUAUAAUAAUGUGUUCAUGAUA